AUGACGUCAACAUCAUCAACAUCACCCGAAAGGCAGCAAUUGUCGCUUUCUUCUAAUAAUAAUUCGGAUUACGGUUCAACAUCGGAAGACUUUCAUAAGCCGGUAACUUUAAUAUCUUUUGAUAAUAAUGAUGCAGGUCCAACUCCAUCUAGUCCGGUUUUCCACGUUUCACCUACUCCCACCAUAUACAAUUCCUUUAAACUUCUGCUCACUUCUUCAUAUCUAAACUGGUUAUUAAUCUUUUUACCAUUGGGAUUUUUGGCUAAUGCGUUAAAUUGGAGUGAUACUUGGGUGUUUACUUUGAAUUUCUUUGCGAUCGUCCCAUUGGCCAAAUUGCUUGCAUUUGCAACCGAAGAUGUUAGUCUGAGAAUUGGUCAGACAUUGGGUGGUCUGUUAAAUGCUACAUUUGGUAAUGCGGUAGAAUUAAUUGUUUCUAUAGUAGCCCUUAAAGAAGGAGAGAUACGCGUGGUCCAAGCUUCAAUGCUCGGAUCUAUUAUUUCAAAUUUGUUAUUGGUAUUGGGAAUGUGUUUUGUUGCGGGAGGCAUGUAUCAUGAUGAACAAGAAUUUAACCAAACUGCCGCACAAACGAGUUCAAGUUUAAUGGCUUUAGCAUGUAUUGGCCUAAUCAUUCCCGCGGCUUUUAAUUUUGCCGUUGGCAAUGGUACUACCGUAAUUGAUUUUAAGCAUGAGAUUUUAGAUCUGUCACACGGCACGGCGAUAGUUCUAUUGAUCAUUUAUGUCCUAUACCUUUUUUUUCAAUUGAAAACUCAUGCACAUUUAUAUGAUGAAACUGAAACACAAGAGGAACAACCUCAAUUAUCUCUUGGUGUAUCAUUAUUCUUUUUAGCCGGCGUAACAGUCUUGGUAGCACUUUCUGCCGAAUAUCUGGUUGGUUCGAUCGAAGGAAUCGUUGAAUAUUCGGGAUUAAGCAAGACAUUUGUCGGAUUAAUUUUAUUGCCUAUCGUUGGUAACGCUGCUGAGCACGUUACGGCCAUUACCGUCGCCAUGAAAGAUAAAAUGGAUCUUGCUAUCAAUGUCGCCGCAGGCAGUUCUAUGGCAAAUAUUCCUGAUUACUCUUUUCAAAUCGCAUUAUUCGUCACUCCAUUUCUCGUCGUACUUGGAUGGGCAAUUGGAGUACAGAUGACCUUGUUUUUUAAGACAUUUGAAACCGUCGUAUUAUUCAUUUCAGUCUUGAUAACGAAUUAUCUCAUUCAGGAUGGGAAAUCAAAUUGGUUAGAAGGAGCAAUGUUGCUGGCCACAUAUGCUAUCAUAGCGUUAGCUUUCUACCUUUAUCCGGACGUUGAUGAUGCAAAUGAUAUUAACACUGAUCUACUUUGGAAUUAA